AUGGCUGAGGAUGCACUUAGGGUCUUGGCAGUUGUAUAUAUGGAAGGAGAUGUUCAGUCAGCUCUGCAGGGGAUCCCUGACCCUAGAGCUUACCUGUUCCCCACUGUGAGUCACCCGGACUAUGACUACCUCUGUGCAGGGCCCCCUGGGAGGCGGGCUGAAAGCACAGAGAAGUAUGAGUUGGACACCCACUCUUCCAAACCCUGGCAGAACCUGCAUUCAGGCUUUGAUGAAGCACAGAAACCAGCAUUUGGCAGAUGUGCAAGGACAAAAUCCAUCCUCAUCUCUCUUCUCAAGGUGCCCCUGAUGUUUGUUUUUUUGUACCUGUUCGUGUGCUCCCUCGAUGUGCUGAGUUCUGCUUUCCAACUGGCAGGAGGAAAAGUAGCAGGGGACAUUUUCAAGGACAACGCCAUCCUCUCGAACCCAGUGGCAGGGCUCAUGGUGGGAAUCCUUGUCACCGUCCUGGUUCAGAGCUCCAGCACCUCCACCUCCAUCAUUGUCAGCAUGGUAUCCUCAGGGUUGCUGGAGGUGGGCGCUGCCAUCCCCAUCAUCAUGGGCUCCAACAUCGGCACCUCUGUCACCAACACCAUCGUGGCGCUUAUGCAGGCCGGAGACAGAAACGAGUUCAAGAGGGCCUUUGCAGGGGCCACCGUACAUGACUGCUUCAACUGGUUGUCAGUGCUGGUUCUGCUGCCUCUGGAGGUGGCCACUGGCUAUCUGCAUCGCAUCACCAAGAUUGCGGUGGCGACCCUCAACUUCCGCAGUGGACAGGAUGCGCCAGAGCUCCUGAAAGUAAUCACAGAGCCCUUCACUGGUCUUAUCAUCCAGCUGGAUAAGUCUGUGAUCACUGGCAUUGCCACGGGUGAUGAGAGUUUGCACAACAAGAGUCUGAUCCGGCUGUGGUGUGAUGCACCAGCUCCACAGAUUUCUUCCACAGGAGCUAGGAGGAGUCUCCUGAACUGCAGCUCCCUUGCACCAUGCCGCCUGGAAAGCUCCGGGAAUCUCAGCGGUGCCAUGCAGCAGAAAUGCAAUCACCUAUUUGUGGACUCCUCCCUGCCAGACUUGGCUGUGGGCCUCAUGCUGCUCGCAGGCUCGCUGAUCGUGCUCUGCACCUGCCUCAUCAUGUUGGUCAAGCUGCUCAACUCUGUGCUCAAAGGCCAGGUGGCCAGAGCUAUCCAGAAGGUCAUCAACACCGAUCUCCCGUCCCCUUUUGGCUGGGUCACUGGUUACUUUGCCAUGCUGGUUGGUGCUGGGAUGACCUUCAUCGUGCAGAGCAGCUCGGUCUUCACUUCAGCCAUCACCCCACUCAUUGGCCUUGGCGUGAUUAGCCUGGAACGAGCUUAUCCACUCACCCUUGGUUCCAACAUAGGAACAACCACCACAGCCAUCCUAGCUGCCCUGGCCAGUCCGGGAGAUAAACUGGCCAGUGCUUUCCAGAUUGCCCUCUGCCAUUUCUUCUUCAACAUCUCUGGAAUCUUGCUGUGGUACCCCCUGCCGUGCACCCGCCUCCCCAUCCAGAUGGCCAGAGCACUUGGCGCGCGGACAGCCAAGUAUCGCUGGUUUGCUGUUCUCUACCUGAUCCUCUGUUUCCUGCUGCUGCCAUCGCUGGUUUUUGGACUCUCCAUGGCAGGAUGGCGGGUCCUGGUGGGCGUGGGAGCCCCUUUCCUCGGCCUUCUGGCUUGUGUGACCCUAGUCAACAUCAUGCAGUCGCGAAACCCCAGCCGACUGCCCAAGUGGCUCCAGAGCUGGGACUUCCUGCCGUACUGGCUGCACUCCUUGCAGCCCAUGGACGGGCUGAUCAGCAGGGCGACACUGUGCUGUGCUGACCACUGCUCGGGGAGCCAAGAGGAACACACCAGUCGGUCUCCUCAGAGGAAAGCCCAGGCAGGCCUGCACAAUCCUCCAUGCAGCUUCUUGGAAGAAUUGGCCCUGCCCACAAAGCCCUCCCCGCGGCUGCAUCCACUGCCCAUGCAGAGCGCCACCCGCCUGUAG